AUGGGAGAACGCAUCGCGAUUCAGUCGAUACUCAACGCCACCUCGCCACCAUCGGACUUCUCCUCCCCGGCCUCUGAUGUGCCUGAUGCGUUUCCGCUCUUCGGUGACUCGACGCCGGCACCGUCCAAGGCCAAGAAGACACGGGACUCAAGCGAUUUGUCGUAUUCGCAAGCUACAGGCUACUACAAGUUUGCCCCUUUCGAGGACCUGAACGAGAAGGCCAUGCGAAUGAUCCGGCCGUACAAGAUAUACCCGUUUGGCGAGAUUGGCGCCUACACCGCACACAUUCCGUAUAGCAGUGACAAGAAAGAUGUCAUGGCCAAGACUGGCAGGGAGAAGUUUGAGAUUUUUGUGUAUAAAUUCACCGACCCGGCAGACGACAAGCCUUAUGAGAUUAUGUGGGAUGUCAAAGGCCCUGGCUACGUGCGCAUCAGCCCCUUUUUCAAAUGUCUCAAACACAAGAAGACCGGCCCGGCCAAGAUGCACGAGGCCAACGAGGGCUACUGGCUGCCCUACCGCUGUGCUAGAGCCGUCUGCGUCAAGUUUUGCUACCCGAUUGCAGGAGCGCUGAUUCCCAUCUUUGGGCCAACCUUUCCGGACGACUGUGUGAAGCCCGACUCGCCGCACUUUGGUCGCAUGGACAUUGACCCUCAGGAGAUCGUAGAUGCCAGAAGCGAGGCUUUGGCGUACCGUUUGUCGGCGAGGGCCAUGCCCGUCACAAGCCAUCCGCGGGACGAGGAGAGUCGGUAUUCUCGCUUCGGGGCCAUGAUGAACCAAGGUCUCCAGUGCGCGCCGGUCAACGCGUCGUGGGAAGAGAUAUACAGCCGGCACCCACGUAGCGACCCCUUCUUUAACCGCAGUGCUCCCUCCACGCCGCCUCGGAGCAGUACCACCAUCCAGCACGAGGAACCGCGCGACGCACAGGCCAGCAAUGUUCCUCCACCUGGCAGCGAACGUCCCACCUGGCGUGCCAUCAACUACCAUCCUCCUCCUCCCCCUUAUCAUCCCUCGCCGGCAGGUCAGCGACUACCGCCCAUCCGCACCCACAACCACCGUCCAUCUCCACUACCUCAGUUAUCAUCAUCAGCUACUGACAUCCUUGACCCGCGUCUGCAGCAUCCAGCAGCGGCAGGCGAUCCAUUCGAGAAGACCGUCAAGCGCCAUCAGGCAGACGAUGGUGAAUAUCUGCGCAAACGACGCCGCAUCGAACCAUCCCGCCACAGCGACGAUCGUACCACGACAACGCGGCGGGUGGAUUUGGAGCGGCCACUAGAGUGCCGUCGCAGUAGGUCUUACGAGCGGCAAACAUCCACGACGGGCGGCGCUGCUCGCGGCUGCACGAGCAAGGACUACGAAGCAGCGUCGAUCCUGGGAGCUUUGCACAAGACAGGAAAAGCGAGUCACGUGCUCGAACCCAGAUCCAGGACCCCUUGA